CAUGGAAGCUCCUGUGAUUGAGGAACGUGGCUCUCCUCCAUCAGUUCUCAGCUGGCCGUUCAGGGCCUUUCAGGAAUUGGGUCCUGCUGAAGCUGGUACUGGGACCACCGAGCAGCCCUUUUUAUGGAUGCCAAACAGUUGGGGCCACCUGAGCUGCUCUUGUCAGCUAGAGAGGCACCCUCCAUCAGCCAGCUGUUCCCACCUUCAGCCAGAUUACCUGCCAGCCAGGAAGAAGGGUGAAAAUUGGAAGAAUUUGCCAAAGAACCAAAUUAUUUCAGGGGCUGCAGAGUGUUCUGAGCCUUGUGAAUGGCAUCUGGGGAGAUCCUGAGGUCAGUUGCUUAACAGAGCAGGGCCUCUAAGAAGGAAAAGCCACUGGGAGAAGGGCUGUGUGAGACAUCACCGAGUAUCUCUCGAUAGGUGAAUGUUGGAUGGGUGUUUCUUGGUUUAUGAGCCCAGAAUGACUUCCUUCCAUAGGGAAGGCCUGCGGUGCAGCUGAACUGGCCUUCGCCUCCCCUCCCCUCUCCUGGGAUUUACAGUUUCUUAUUGCUAUAAAGUCUGUCCUGGUUUGUCAGAGCUGUUGGACAUCCAUGAAUGGCCUUAAAUAACCAGCUGGACAGGAAAUGCCUCUUGGUGCUACUCCUUGGCGUUGGCAGGAGGGAAUGGCCAACGGUGCCCUUCUCUCAGAUCCCUGCUUCCCCCUAGCUGGGAUGCCAAGGGGGGCUGCUGCAGGUGUUGAGAGGUUGCUUUUCAGAAAAACCUGGUGUGUGUGUGUGUGUGUGUGUUUCAAGCAUUCUGUUCUUGAGGUGAACGGGAGGAAACAACAACUUGGCCCUGGCAGACUCCUCCAGGGUGCCUGCAGCCAAGAGAAAUGCUCUGCCCACAACUCAGAUGCUUGCAUGUUGAACAGCUGACUGGGAAGAGACUCGGGGAGCCAUUGCAAAGUCCGUGACUUGAAGCACAGGCUCACAACAAUGCUUGAAUUACUCUCCAGAAUCAGGAACUUCUCCUUCCUGACUUGUGUAAGGCUCCAAGGGGAAAAAGCGCUUCAUUUCCACAGCGUUUCUCUUGGCUGUGACAAAACGGUGAGUCAGAAGAGGUUCCACCUUCAGCUGAGGAUUUCUGUUUUGCCAGCAGCUCCACAAAGGUGUGCAAAACCAGCUGACAGACGAAGAUUGAGGGCCACCUUGGCAGCCACAGAAACGCUGGACCGGCAGCUGCAGCGUCCCAGAGUGGAGAGCUGAAGACAGGAGGAACAUGGAGAACACAGGAGGAAGAGUCUUUGGUGGGAAGCGGAGCAACUUUCCCGGUGGCCCCCAUCGUCUCCCGGUGGUGCAGAAGCUGGUGGAGUCCUGCGCUCAACUGCAGGAGGAGAAGCUGCAGCUGCAGCAACAGUUAUUGCUGCUGCAGGAGAAAGUUGCCGUGCGAGAGAGCAGCCCCGUCCCUCAGGCUGCGCAGCUGCAGAACAAGACAGAAAGCCUGAAGGACAGACUCCCAAAGCCAGCUCAAGAGAUGAAUAGGCUUCAUUCCACGCUGGGUGGGACGGACCUGGAGAAGCAUAGAGACCUCUUGCUUGCAGAAAAUGUGCACUUAAAGCAGGAGUUAAAGCUGUGUGAGGCCCAGCUGCAGGAGCUGAGGAAGCAUUCGGUCAGAUGCACCAACUGUGCACACAGCCAGGAGAACGUCAAGUUGCAGGAGAAGCUGGCACAAGUGAAGCAGGAAGCGGAAGACGUGAAAGGACGCCUUUCGGAGUUGGACCUGGAGGUGGAGCAGAAGACCAACCGUCUGGCGGAGGUAGAGCUGCGGCUGAAGGACUCCUUGGCAGAGAGGGCCGAGGAGGAGGAGCGUCUGAGCCGGAGACUGCGGGACAGCCAGGAAGUGAUAGCAAGCCUCAAGGCCCAGCCUCAUCAGGUCAAGUAUGUCGUCAAAACGAUGGAAGUUGAAUCCUCCAAGACCAAGCAGGCCCUCAGCGAAGCCCAAUCACGGAACCAGUACUUACAGGACCAGGUUGGGAUGCAGAGGCAGGUGCUGAAGGAGAUGGAGCAGCAGCUACAGAGCUCCCAGAAGGUGGCGGCUCAGCUCAGGGCCCAGGUGACGAUGUACGAAUCCGAGCUAGAGCAGUCCCGGGAGCAGAUGCUGGAGGAGAUGCAGAACAUGGAGGAGGACAAGAACCGAGCCAUUGAGGAAGCUUUUGCUCAAGCACAACUAGAAAUGAAAGCAGUUCAUGAAAAUCUGGCAGGCGUGCGGGCCAAUCUGCUCACGCUCCAGCCGGCGCUUCGUACUCUCACUAGUGACUACAACAGCUUGAAGCGCCAGGUCAAAGAGUUCCCUCUUCUGCUGCAAGAGGCUUUGCAGAGCGCCAGGGCUGAGAUUGGCCAAGCCAUUGAAGAAGUGAGCAGCACCAACCAGGAGCUGCUGAGAAAAUACCGAAAGGAGCUGCAACUCCGCAAGAAAUGUCACAACGAGCUGGUGCGAUUGAAAGGCAAUAUCCGAGUGUUUGGCCGUGUUAGGCCAAUACAAGCAGAGGAUGGUGAGGGGCCAGAAGUUGUGGGCGCAGUCACCUUUGACCCUGAUGAUGACGCCAUCCUGCAUCUGAUGCACAAAGGGAAGCUGGUAUCUUUUGAACUGGACAAAGUUUUCCGUCCAGAAGCAACACAAGAAGACGUCUUCCGAGAAGUUCAGGCGCUGAUCACAUCAUGCAUUGAUGGUUACAACGUUUGUAUUUUUGCCUAUGGACAAACGGGGGCUGGCAAGACGUACACCAUGGAGGGCAGCCCGGAAAACCCCGGGAUUAACCAGCGGGCUCUGCGGCUUCUCUUCUCCGAGGUUCAGUCCAAGGCCCCCGACUGGAAUUACAGCAUCACUGUCAGCGUGGCUGAAAUCUAUAACGAGGCUCUCAGAGACCUGCUUGGAAAGGAGCCCCAGGAAAAGCUGGAGAUCAGACUCUGCCCAGAUGGCAGCGGGCAGCUUUAUGUUCCAGGCUUGACUGAGUUCCCUGUCCACAGUGUGGAAGACAUCAACCAGGUCUUUGAAUUUGGUCAUAUCAACCGAGCAACGGAGUGCACCUACCUGAACGAACACAGCUCCAGGUCUCAUGCCCUCCUCAUGAUCACAGUGAGGGGAACCGAUUGCAGCACCGGAAUAAAAACCACAGGGAAGCUGAAUUUAGUAGACCUGGCAGGAUCUGAGCGUGUGGGUAGAUCUGGUGCUGAAGGGAGCAGGUUGCGUGAAGCUCAAUACAUCAACAAGUCGCUUUCGGCUUUGGGAGACGUGAUCUAUGCGCUGCGUUCCCGCCAGUCCCAUGUGCCAUUUCGGAACUCCAAGCUGACCUACCUCCUCCAGGAUUCUCUCAGUGGUGAAAGCAAGACCCUCAUGAUGGUCCAGGUUUCUCCGGUUGAGAAGAAUACAAGCGAGACGCUCUGCUCCCUCAAGUUUGCUGAGAGGGUUCGCUCUGUGGAACUGGGUCCUGGCACUCGGAGGGCAGAUACGGGCUCCUGGACCAGCCAGGAGCACUUAGAGCCACAGUUCUGUUUUCCUGUGGCUGCUUGUCUCCAGGUGGAGCCCUCCGCCGCCCUUCAGCCCUGCAUCCGAACCCAGCCUUCUCCUCGAACGGGGCGAUCGAGCUCACUUCGGGCAAAGCCCCCGAGUGCAGCCUGGAAUUAAGAGAAGCUCUGUUUGCCUCCAGGGAAACCGAGGCCAAUUCCUCUCUGAAAACUGGCCGAUGUCAGGAAAAGCUGUUUUCAACGGGGACUUUGGGAAACCAUGCCGGCUUUUCUAAACGUGCACCCUGGACUGGGACUACAGCACAGGGUUUGGAUCGGUCAUCCCCAUCCACUGCUGGCAGUGGAGCCGGGUGCUUGGAACCAGACAGACUUCAGGGAAGGGUCACUUCCUGAUCAACAGAUUUUUAACACAUUUCUUUUAAAAGAGAGCAGAGGCGGUGAACACAGACUUUGCUUUUAUGUACCCUUUCCCUUUCAUUUUUAUUUGAAUAAAAAUGUUGCACCCAGUCGGAA